AUGUCUGCAUAUAUUACUGUUGCUGCAUUUCUUUUGGGCGCGUUAUGCUCAGGUAUUGCUGGUUAUGUUGGAAUGUGGGUGUCAGUUCGUGCUAAUGUGCGGGUCUCCAGUGCUGCUAGACGAUCCGCAAGGGAAGCAUUGCAGAUAGCUGUUCGUGCUGGUGGAUUCUCAGCGCUGGUUGUUGUUGGUAUGGCUGUGAUUGGUAUUGCCAUCCUGUAUUCUACAUUUUAUGUAUGGUUGGACGUGGAUUCACCAGGCUCAAUGAAGGUUACUGAUCUGCCUCUUCUUCUUGUGGGAUAUGGAUUUGGGGCAUCAUUUGUUGCCUUAUUUGCUCAGUUGGGUGGUGGAAUAUACACUAAGGGAGCUGAUGUUGGGGCAGAUUUGGUAGGGAAAGUUGAGCAGGGUAUUCCUGAGGAUGAUCCUCGAAAUCCUGCUGUUAUUGCUGAUUUGGUUGGAGACAAUGUUGGGGACUGCGCUGCUCGUGGUGCUGAUUUAUUUGAAAGUAUAGCUGCAGAAAUCAUUAGUGCAAUGAUACUUGGGGGUACAAUGGCUCAGAAGUGCAAAAUUGAAGAUCCAUCUGGCUUUAUUCUAUUUCCUCUAGUUGUUCACUCUUUUGACUUGGUAAUAUCAUCAAUUGGUAUUCUAUCGAUCAAGGGAACUCGAAAUGCUAGUGUGAAAUCUCCAGUAGAGGAUCCAAUGGUUGUGCUUCAGAAAGGAUAUUCGCUAACUAUUAUAUUAGCUGUUUUGACAUUUGGCGCGUCAACUCGUUGGCUGCUAUACACUGAAAAAGCUCCGUCUGCUUGGUUGAAUUUCUUUAUGUGUGGCUUGGUUGGGAUCAUCACAGCUUAUGUCUUUGUCUGGAUAUCCAGAUAUUAUACGGACUAUAAGUAUGAGCCUGUCCGGACAUUGGCUCUUGCGAGCUCCACUGGUCAUGGAACCAAUAUAAUUGCUGGGGUCAGCUUGGGUCUGGAGUCCACGGCUCUUCCUGUUUUAGUUAUAAGUGUAGCUAUUAUUUCUGCUUUUUGGCUGGGAAAUACCUCGGGGCUUAUGGAUGAAAAUGGAAACCCCAUUGGAGGUCUAUUUGGAACCGCUGUAGCUACAAUGGGAAUGCUAAGCACUGCAGCUUAUGUACUUACAAUGGACAUGUUUGGUCCUAUAGCUGAUAAUGCAGGUGGAAUUGUUGAGAUGAGCCAGCAGCCAGAAAGUGUUCGUGAGAUCACAGAUGUUCUUGAUGCUGUUGGGAACACCACAAAAGCAACAACCAAAGGGUUUGCUAUUGGAUCUGCUGCCCUCGCAUCAUUCCUUCUCUUUAGUGCCUAUAUGGACGAGGUUUCAGCGUUUGCUAAUGUGUCUUUCAAAGAGGUUGAUAUUGCUAUCCCAGAAGUCUUCAUAGGUGGGUUGUUAGGUGCCAUGCUUAUUUUCCUCUUUAGCGCUUGGGCUUGUGCAGCAGUUGGUCGAACUGCACAGGAGGUUGUCAACGAAGUAAGAAGACAGUUCAUUGAGAGGCCUGGCAUAAUGGACUACAAGGAGAAACCAGAUUAUGGUCGAUGUGUUGCCAUUGUCGCAUCUUCAGCUUUGAGGGAAAUGAUAAAACCAGGAGCUUUGGCUAUAGUAUCACCCAUUGCAGUUGGUUUCGUGUUCCGGAUAUUGGGAUACUACACG